GCCCAAGCCGCGCAGACAGGAUAGCAUCGCAUAGCGCGACCUGCGCUGGCGGCUGGCUCGCUCACUAGCUAGCUCGGCACGCGCGCGCGCCCUUCCGGAAGCUUCUAGAAUCUCCGGCCGGUCGGGGCGAGGCGAUCGACAUGCAGGAGUUCCACCCCGUCCCCGGGCUGGCCGGCCGGCUGUUCGGUGGCGCGGCGGCGGCGCCGCAGGAGGAGGUGCGGUGCCCGCGGUGCGACUCGGCGAACACCAAGUUCUGCUACUACAACAACUACAACCUCUCGCAGCCUCGCCACUUCUGCAAGGCGUGCCGCCGCUACUGGACCAAGGGCGGCCUCCUCCGCAACGUCCCCGUCGGCGGCGGCUGCCGCAAGCCCAAGCGCCCGGCGCCCUCCUCCUCCUCCUCCUCCUCGGUCGUCGCUGACGUCGACACGGGCCAUCGUGGCGCCAAGAGUGCGCGUUCAGCCAUCGCCGGUGACAGCUCGACCGCGGCGUGCGCGGUGCCUGCGUCGAACGCUUCCUCUGCUGCUGCUGCUGCUGCUACCCAGUCGAGCAGCGCCUGCGAGAGGGUGACCAGCAGCGUCGCCUUCGCGGCGGCGGGGGCCGACGACGACGCGCUGUCGCUGUCGCUGCCUCCGCCUCCUCCGGGUCCGAUGUUCGCCGACCAGGCCGCGGCGUUCGCGUCGCUCUUCGCUCCGCCGCCGCCGCUGCCGUCCUUCACCGCCUUCUCGGCGCAGCCCAAGCAGGCAGAGGAGGACGUCACCCCGGCGCUCACACCCACGGGGCGCCCGUCCUCGGCGUCGCUCACCGCAGACAUCGCGGCGCCGCUCGCCGCACGGUCGUCAGGCGGGCCGGCGGCGGCGGCCGACUGGGCGCCCAGUCCGACAGCGCUCGACGCCGCCGGGGUGUUCGACCUCGCAGGCGCCAUCGCCGGCGACCCGUCGUACUGGAACCCGGCGAGCUGGACGGACCACGACGGGACGAUCUACCUGCCCUAGCUAGCACCGUGCGUCCUCUUGCUUUGACGAUCGUGCGCGCGGCCGGCCGGCGACUUGGCGCCGCCGCUUAAUUGCCUGAGCCGUGCAUGGUUAACGAUUAAUUAACGACUUGUUUAAUUAAUUGUUAACCACCACCUUAAUGCUUAAUUAGUACCACUACCUUAUUCCUGCAGCCGCUGGCUUCUUCUAUACAUAUGAUUCUUUUGGGUGCAUAUGUAAAUAAAUUAGUUUUAAUUAGCCUAAUUAAAUUGUAGCUUUGCACUGAUGUAUAGAAAAUUACAGCCGAUCUGAUUAUAGAUUUUCCGUGUUCGUAUGAUUCCCAAACUUUUUA